GGCGGCGAGCGGUAGAGAGCGCGGCGGCUGUGGAUGUAAGUGGGAGUCUCCCUUUGGAGGCUUCGCCAAGCCCGGGGCUCCCAGUGAGCUUCGGCCCGGGAUGGAAACGCCUUUCUACCAUGACGAUAGCCUGAGCUCGACCCGCAGCAUGAAGAAGAACCUGAGCUUGCCCGUCUCCGGCAGCGGCCUCAAGAACCACCGAGAGCCCGAGGCCGCGCUCAGCUCCCCGGACCUCAGCUUCCUCAAGCUGGCCUCGCCCGACCUCGAGCGCCUCAUCAUCCAAUCGAGCGGCCUGGUGACCACCAGCCCCGGUCCGGCCCCCGGCCUCUACUCCCGGGGGGUGACGGACGAGCAGAACUCGUUCGCGGAGGGUUUUGUCAAAGCGCUGGAGGAUCUUCACAAACAGAACCAGCUGAGCGGCCCGGCCCAGGGCCCGAGCCCGGCCUCGGGCAGUGUCCCCGGCCCGGCCGCCCCCAGCCCGGGCCCCGCCGGCCUGCAGCACUCGGAGCCGCCCAUCUACACCAACCUGAGCACCUACAGCGCGGUGGCGGGGGGGGAGGCCCCGGCGCCCGGCCCCGCCGUCGGCUACAGCCCCGAGGCCGGGCCGGUCUCCUACCCGCCGCUGGGCCAGCCGCUCUGCCCCCAGGCCCGGCUCCAGGCCCCAAAGGACGAGCCGCAGACCGUGCCCGAUGUGUCGGGCCUCGGGGACAGUCCCCCGCUCUCCCCCAUCGACAUGGACACUCAGGAGCGGAUCAAAGCCGAGAGGAAGCGGCUCCGGAACCGCAUCGCCGCCUCCAAGUGCCGAAAGAGGAAACUGGAGCGGAUCUCCCGGCUGGAGGACAAGGUCAAGAGCCUCAAGUGUCAGAACUCGGAGCUGGCGUCCACCGCCAGCCUGCUGAGGGAGCAGGUAGCCCAGCUCAAACAGAAGGUGCUAACCCAUGUCAACAGUGGCUGCCAACUGCUGCUCUCCCCUCAGGUCCCAGCCUAUUAGACACUGGGAUAUGGAGCUCCAGUGCAUCAGACACCUGGGGCGCCAAUGCAUCAACCCCCUGCAGCUCUAUUGCAAGACAUUUACCCAGUGCAUCAAACACCUGGAGCGCCAGUAUAGGGCAUCACUCAAUGGAUGUUCAUGGACCUUGUCUCUGAUCACCUCAGUGAGAGAACUCAGACUGCUCCCUGAGGGACCCAGGGCAGCUGAGAAGUGACUACUUUUUUUUGACUGUAAUUUGGCUGCUUUCAGUUGACCAAAAACCAAAUGGCUGCCAGUGUUGGGCAAACAUUUGCUGCAUGUUUGAGUCCAUGUCGACCUGUGAUAGGUGUUCCUGUUGUUUGUGGACAAGCUGCAUGUACUGAGACGUGGCCUUAAACUAUCUACAGACUCAAAACAGUUGACUGCUCAUUUUGUGCAGUGUUUGUGUUUCAAUUCUGGUGCCGACUUUUUAAAUAAUUGUAAAUAAGUGUCAAUCUGUUACAACGAUAGUGUUGGAAUGUGUUUUUACCAUUUGAAAGAUGCUCUAUUUAUAUACAGUAAUGGGAACAUUCUGACUGGACUCUGGUUGCUAUACAUUCCAAUAUGUAUUGCCCCAUUGAGAUUUGAAUAAAUAUUUUAUGUCUAA